AUGUGUAAUUGUAGUGCAUGUUAUGACAUUAGAAAAGCAAAAAACACAUUCUCGGAUGAUAAUCAAAUCAAAACAGCAACACCUGAAAGUGAAAUUGAUUGCACAUUCUUAGGCCAGAUAAUAGUGCAAGAUCCGUCGGACGACCAACAACCACCUGAACAACCACCGAUCGUCAAAAAUACCCCUGAUCUGGGUGGGGAUGUCAAUGGUCAGUCAACACAUGGUAUUAUGUCAACAACCGAGAGUACUGCUGCGGCAAUAGUGCAAGACCCGUCGGACGACCAACCACGUGAACCGGACACCACAUCAACUACAAGGAAAAGGAAAAAGCAAAACAGAUAUAUACAACAGUGUCGUUUCAAUAAUCCAAUGGCAACAAAUGAAAUCAUAAUAGCACAUCAACCAGAUACUUCUGAAUCGGAUAGCAAUGGGGAAGACGAGUCCACUGAUGAAUUUGAAAACAACAACCACACAAAGUCAGAAGGAAAUGAUGAUGAUGAUGAUGAUGAUGAUGAUAACAAUAGCAAAAUGCAUCAGUGCCCUUUUUGUUCCAAACCUUUUAACUCCACACUGGACCAAAGAGAUUUAAAUGUACUGACUGCUAUGCUUCAUUCAAUGGUAGCUCCAAUCGAUCAAAGCAUUGGAAUUUAA